GUAGGAAUCUUAAAAGCAUCUUCAGCGAAUAUAAUAUACAUAUUCUUGUCUUUAGCAAAAUGACUAAGCGAGCCAUAAUAUUUCUUGUAAUGUGCUUAAAUCUACCAUGCAGAUUAACAAAAAAGUAUGAAAAGUGUGAUGAUAAUACAACCGAAACAUCUGGUGGCACAGCAUACUGGAAAUUUCGGGGAGAACGUUACACAACUUCUGAAGACUUUGUUUGCUGGAAAGAUGAUUGGGAACUCUUUUUGCGUGAAUGCGACACAACAACUGGUCAAUGGAAGCCAGAAAGUGUUGUAUGCAGAGUGAAAGAACACCAAAACAAAUAUUGCCCGGAGGAAUUAGUAGAAGUUGAUAAUGAAAGUGAUGAUCCCAUUUGUCUUAAAGCGUCCUCUGAACGAAAAAAGUAUGACGAACAUUUUUGCUAUGGCUCAAGCAUAAUUUUGCCAUUUGAUUAUUCGAAGCUUGAAGCAUCAAGUUUAAUAGAAUUCAUGCAUGAUCGAGGCAUUUUAGAAUUUUGGUUACCAUUUAAACGCGAAAAUAAUUCCAUGCCAUACAAGGUACAGUUGCCUGGUGAGCGGUGGGGGCAAGUAGUUGACGACAAAAUAGAAGUCUCAGAUUUUAGAUCUGAUAAAAAUUGUAUGUCUGGACGCCUAGAAAGUCAUAAUAAAAAAAAAAAAGAGUUGAUCGUAAUGGCUACCGAUUGUGAUGACUUACUGCAUACAAUUUGUGUUUUUGACGGCAAUCUUAUAUCAAGCACAGGAUGCCCCGAUGGACUAGCGGCUCUUAGCUAUCGGCCCAACGAAUGCUAUGGAAUCAACUGGCCAAAAAAAUUGUCAGGCGAGCAAAAAGAGGUGCGACUCAAAGAAUAUUUUCAGAAUCGUAAUACUUUAAGACUGAUGCUAAAACACGGCAUACGAAGAGUUGAAAAGGAAGAAUUUUUUGAAGUAGACCAUUUUGUUGACAAAUCUGGAGAUGGGUUUCUAAUUCUAAUGAACCAGAAUGAAAUCAUGCGAAUUGUUGAUAACGAUAAAAAAACACAUCCGAUUUUGUACAAAGAAACUAUCAAAAAUCAAUUUAAUACGACGCAACUUAUUUUGAAAUUCGACGCAACGUUACAAGAAUUAAUUCUGAUAGUUUAUAAUAGCGAUUAUCUUUGGCGUAUCAAUAGAAAUCACAAUGGUAUACAAUGUUUCACAAAUGCAGAUUUUGAUAUUCAACGAAGCUCCAAAAUUGAUCUUAUUUGGGAAAAUAAAAAUAAGACAAAGUUAAUUUUUAAAUUGAAGUUAGUUAAUGACAACCCUGGCGAGUAUUGGUGUGAAGGCCAUUCUAUUUUAAAUUUUCAGUUAGUAACCACCGAAAGAAUUGUGGCUGCAAAAAAAAUACGGGGCCAUGCUUUCGCUGCUAGGAUAAAUAUAACGUGUAUAAAUGAAAAUAAGAACAUGUGUAAAAAUCCGUUUAAAUACACCAAAAAGCUUGGAAAACAUGUUCAAGACACGUUACGAAGAAGGAGCAAAGUUGUUGCUCGAGACCUUGUUAUACAUGAUACUCGUAUCAUGAGUAUUGAACAGAUAUCUAGUCCAUAUGUUCAUUGUUGGAUCCAUUUGACAGCUUCUCUUAAGAAUUCUGCAGUUGACAAUAGUGAGGAGGAAAGCAGCGAAGAAUCUGAUAGCUUAGAAAAUGAUGAUAAUAUAAGACACGACACUUCAAUACGCAUGGGAGUUUGGACUCUUUUGCAAGAGGUUAUUUCAAUUUUUAGCCCCAACGGCUUGAAUGUAGUCCGUAGCACAGAGUAUUGUUUUCCAAAUAUGUUUCGAUUGGAUACCGGCGUAAUAUACCAGUGGCAGCAGACAGUUAGAGGACAGGUGGGAACAUUGUCGGGUCUAUGUUUUCGAAGUAAUGGCAUGCCAUAUACACGUCGCUGCCAGGGCAAUUUUUUACAUGGUGCUUAUUGGGAGCUAAUGAAGGAAAACAUAACUUGUCAGCUUGAGCAUAAUAAUUUAAAAGUAACAGAAACUCUUUACAGUUUAGAAAAAUCGAAACUAAUCAAAGUUUCACCGGAAAGAGUAGUAAAAGAGGUUAAGCACAUUUUGCAAGAAUCUGCAAAAAAGUUCUUACCUGUUGAUCUGCAUCUUGCAGCUAACAUUGUGCAAGCUUCGAUUAACAAUGUUGAUAGAAAUAUUUUGAAUUUGCCUCCUACUCACAAUUUUUUUAAAGAAACUACCUUGGAUCUUAUAGCUAUUUACAAUUAUUUGAUAGAUGUAAGAGAGUCUACGAUUCGGAUGUCAGCUAAAUUAAACUCAACUAACAAACUUCUGGAGGCAUUUGAAAAUGCAAUGAACACCUUAUCAUUGCAAACAGUUUUUGGUGAUACAGGCUUAAGCAAUCCCGUGGAUAAUUCUAAUGAAUUAGACAAUAGCAGUGAUGUUGAAGUGCUGGAUUAUGUGGAUAUUGGAGUAUCUGUAAAAAUAUCACACAAUCUGAUCUAUUUUAUAAUUAAUCCGUCUAUUGCCAAUAUUUCUGGAAUUGCAAUAUUUCAAAAUAAUAAUAACAGUGACAUACCGAUAACUUUGAAAGGAGCAUUUAAAAAUGAGCACUUCCGUUUUCUGGAGUCUGAUUAUGAAAUUGAGGACUUAAUUUCCGAGCCAAAUUUGCAAUUUGGCACCUACGUACCAGAAAAACUGUUAAGCCAGCUGGACACAAUUUCAAAUGCACCAAAUGCCACCAAAAACACAAAAACUCUUGUGGUUAUUAAAGUGUACUCGAACGAUAAACUUUUUCAGCUGCCAGCCAAUCAUACACCACUAUCUGCAUUCGGCCGUGUGGUAUCAAUAUCAUUACCCGGCCAUAGUCCGCAUUUACCUGAGGAUUUGCCGCUCGCUUUUCGAGUUUAUAAUAGUUCAUAUAAGCACAAUGAUACUACACAAAUGUGUAGCUAUUGGAAUUAUGAAAAUUGGGCCUCUGAUGGCAUUCAGGUCUCAAAUCUGUUAAGCACUAACAGAGAUAUCGUUUUAUGUCAAGUUAGCCAUCUAACACCAUUUGCAUACCUAGUAGGCGUUAAUUUUACAGUGGAGGAAGACAUUGAAGUCAAUAUUCAGUAUGCAGAUCAUGUCCAGGCACUUGAUAUAAUAACUGUAACAGGCUGUUCUUUAUCUCUUCUCGGCAUUUGUGGCAUAUUCAUCACCGCUGCAGUAUUUAACUCAUGGCGACAAAAACCGUCCUCUAAGGUACUACUACAACUAUCGGCAGCAAUAGCUUUGCAAAUGAUAAUUCUUUGCUUUGUCAAUACAAAGGAAUACUCACUACAUUUAAUUAUAAAUGAGAUUGUACCUAGAUGUGUAGCCAUUGGCGCCUUACUCCACUACUCUGUGCUUGUACAAUUCUUCUGGAUGAUGGUCAUUGCAUAUUUACAGUUCAAGAGAUAUGUUCAGGUAUUUGCGGGAACUAGACCGCACAGAUUCUUUAUGAAGUCCGCCGCAUUCUGUUGGGGUGUGCCAAUCAUACCUGUAGUUUUAGUGAUUAUUCUGGAUCAUGAUUCUUUUAGUAAAGGCGCAAUAUGCUACCCAUCAGGAUACGCGCUUUAUUUCGGCAUAAUUUUUCCCAUUUCGAUCAUUAUAAUAGCUAACUUUGUUAUAUUUUGUCUUAUUAUAUAUAACAUAUUAGUUAGGUCAAGCGUACCAAUUAGGCACACUGAAAAACCUAUUUUAAUAUAUCAGAUACGACUAUCAGUACUUUUAUUUUUCUUAAUGGGAUUCACAUGGUGCUUUGGCUUUUUAUCAACAAUGAAGGCUGGUAUUGUGUUUUCAUAUUUUUUUUGUCUCACAGCAACACUGCAAGGGUUUGUUAUUUUUGUAUAUUUCAUAAUUUUAGAUCCAGUGACGCGACGCAUGUGGGGCGAAUUUUUAUGCAAGCUUUGUUCAAUUGACAAAAGUUUUCUUCAAAGUACAGGCAGUGUUAAGGACACAACAGAAACAUAUUAAAUAGUGUUAAAUGUAUUGCCUUGUGUUAAUAUUUGUUUAUUUAUCCAACAUGAAAUGUAAUAGUAUUAACCAAUAUUUAAUUUUAAUGUAAUUUUUAUUUUUAUUCAAAUAAAAAUAGUUAACUCGUACACAAGUAUAAUAAAAGG